CAAAACACACCCCGAUAGAAUUCUAGAUCGAUCCUAUCCCUUUGCUCCUAGGCCACUUGGCUACUUGCAAGCCUCUCCAAUUGUCCAUUGACUAUCGAUCCAUUUGGCGGCACUGAUGCAGCGCCACCGCCCCCUCCGCCGUCCCCAAUAUGACAACUCAUCUCAAGCCUUCACUCUCUUGCUCGCUGCACCACUUUAACCCCAAACUCUUUCCUUUUACACUUCAAUAUUCUAUGCUCAGAAAACUACUCGCUCCCUGUCUCCGUCACUCUCUGAGCCCACAAAGAAAACACCCCUACAUUGGCAAUUCUUUGCUUUCUCUGCCUUCUCCUGCAACGUCUCCUCGACCCGUCCACACCUUCAAGGUUCUGGCCAUGGCUGAACAUUCCUCGAAACACAUGGCUGCCGCUCACAAGCAUACAAAUCGCCUAGCAGCCGAGCACAGUCCGUAUCUUCUUCAACAUGCCCAUAACCCCGUUGAUUGGUAUCCAUGGGGUGAGGAAGCAUUUGAGGAAGCGCGAAAGAGAGAUAUGCCCAUCUUCUUAUCGAUCGGCUACAGCACCUGCCAUUGGUGCCAUGUCAUGGAGGUUGAAUCUUUUGAGGAUGAGGGGGUUGCUAAGCUGCUGAAUGAUUGGUUUGUUAGUAUCAAGGUGGAUCGAGAGGAACGACCAGAUGUCGAUAAGGUAUACAUGACAUUUGUGCAGGCUUUAUAUGGUGGUGGAGGUUGGCCGCUUAGUGUUUUUCUUUCACCUGAUUUGAAGCCUUUGAUGGGUGGAACUUACUUUCCCCCAGAUGAUAAGUAUGGAAGACCAGGGUUUAAAACUAUACUUGGAAAGGUGAAGGGUGCUUGGGAAAAUAACAGAGACAUGCUUGUCAAGAGUGGGGCCUUUGCUAUCGAGCAACUGUCAGAAGCAUUAUCUGUUAGUGCGAGCACAAAGAAAUUGCCAGAUGGGAUUCCAAAAAAUGCAUUGCGUCUAUGUGCAGAGCAGCUGGCUCAAAGCUAUGAUCCCGUUUCUGGUGGAUUUGGCUCAGCCCCAAAGUUUCCAAGACCAGUUGAGAUUCAACUCAUGCUUUAUCAAUCCAAAAAAUUGGAAGAAAUAGGGAAUUUGAGUGAAGCAAAAAAAGGUUUGGAAAUGGUGCUUUUUAGCUUGCAGUGCAUGGCAAAAGGGGGCAUCCAUGAUCACAUUGGAGGCGGAUUUCACAGAUAUAGUGUGGAUGAAUGCUGGCAUGUUCCACAUUUCGAGAAAAUGUUGUAUGAUCAGGGACAGCUUACCAAUGUUUAUUUAGAUGCCUUUUCCAUUACAAAAGAUGUCUUCUUUUCAUGUAUAGCUCGGGAUAUACUUGACUAUUUGCGGAGCCAUAUGAUUGGACAGAAAGGUGAAAUCUUUUCUGCAGAGGAUGCUGACAGUGCUGAAUUUCAAGGUGCGAAACAAAAGAAGGAAGGAGCUUUCUACAUAUGGACCAGUAAAGAGGUUGAGGACAUACUUGGGGAGCAUGCAAAUCUCUUAAAGGAUCAUUAUUAUAUAAAACCUUUGGGGAACUGUGACCUUUCUAGGAUGAGUGACCCUCACAAUGAGUUCAAGGGGAAAAAUGUGCUUAUAGAGAGAAAUGAUUCUUCUGCAAUGGCAUCAAAAGUUGGCAUGCCUCUUGAUAAAUAUCUUGAGAUUCUGGGUACAUGUAGGAAAAAGCUUUUUGAAGUGCGAUUAGGUCGACCUAGACCACAUUUGGAUGAUAAGGUAAUUGUAUCAUGGAAUGGACUUGCAAUUUCAUCGUUUGCACGGGCUUCUAAAAUACUCAAGGGUGAAGUUGGGGGAAUCAAAUUCAACUUCCCUGUUGUCGGCUGCAAUCCUGAGGAGUACAUGGAAGUUGCUGAAAAGGCAGCCUCUUUUAUUAGGAGACAACUUUAUGAUGAAGAGACUCGUAGGCUACAACACAGCUAUAGGAAAGGCCCAUCGAAAGCACCUGGAUUUUUAGAUGAUUAUGCCUUUCUUAUUUCGGGGUUGCUGGAUCUUUAUGAGUUUGGUGGCGGGAUCAGUUGGCUUCAGUGGGCAGCUGACUUGCAAGACACCCAGGAUGAAUUGUUUCUUGAUAGAGAGGGAGGUGGCUAUUUUAAUACCCCAGGGGAAGAUCCUUCUGUUCUCCUUCGUGUGAAAGAGGAUCACGAUGGGGCUGAGCCAUCAGGAAACUCAGUUUCUGCUAUCAAUCUUGUGAGGUUGGCCUCCAUGGUUUCUGGAAGUAGGUUUGAUCAAUACAGGAAAAACGCAGAGCAUCUUCUGGCAGUUUUUGAGACCAGAUUGAAAGAUAUGGCAAUGGCUGUGCCCUUAAUGUGUUGCGCUGCAGACAUGCUUUCUGUCCCAUCCCGGAAGCAAGUUGUCUUGGUUGGCCGCAAGACUUCUGUAGAUUUUUCAGACAUGAUGGCUGCAGCUCAUGCAUCAUAUGAUCCUAACAGAACUGUAAUUCACAUAGAUCCCACCAACACAGAAGAACUAGAAUUUUGGGAGGAGAAGAAUAGCAAUGUUGCCCUUAUGGCAAAGAAUAAUUUCACUGCAGAUGCAGCCGUGGCUCUAGUCUGCCAAAACUUCACCUGCAGCCCGCCUGCAACUGACCCCAGCUCUCUCCAGUCUAUGCUGUCUCAGAAACUUACCUCUGCAUAGAUAUAUGGAUCUGAAAUUUGUGUCCAGUCUAUAGAUAGAAUGCCUGCUUCAGUAUGAGAUAGAAUGCUAUGUUGAACACCUUCAAACACAUUUAGGUUAGCUGUAGUGUGUAUAUCUUUGGGCUGAGCUAACUGGUGUUUUCCAGAGAGGGAUGGCAUGCUAUUUGUAUGUUCUUGUACUCUUUAGUUGGAAUAAAUGUUUGGUUUCAAUUUGGGUAA